CGAUGAAGGCCGCUCUCCCAGAACCUACUAUCGAUAGAAAAGGACACGUCUGUCCACCGUCAACCGCAACGCACCCGUCGGACCGCUGGGAAUCGCUCUUUGUGUACGGCUUCAUUUGCAAGUUUACUCAGCUGCGUUCCAAGGUCGAGGGGUUUCAUACACCAAUGGAUUUUGAGGACGCGCUACUGUCGCCGGAGCCCAACCCUAUAAUGACCCAGAUACUCUCGCGCUUUGUUCUCAACCUGCGUCCGGGAACGCGUAAUUUGAGUUCGGACGUCAUAUCAUCGACUGUGGCGGCCCUACUCCAGGAGUACUUCAAGACCUCGGAGAGAAGCGUAUUCUGGGAUGACGCGUUGAAGGUGAACGUGGACCCGUUCCAGAAUAUGGAAGGAGGAUUCUUCGCCGCAAGCUGGGACUUGAAGCUCACAAUACUGCGGCAAUUGGUGGAACUGCAGCUCUGCCAUAGUCCGGAGAUUAAGGCGAUUAUUGACCGUGCGUGGGGCGUCAUCCACAAUAAGCACAAGAAAACCGAGGCGCCGUCCGUCCCUCCACCUCCCGGUGACCCACAUAGUCAAGAACGAUUACAGCUCAUCCCUCUAGGCCAGGACAAGGAACGAAAACGUUACUGGGUCGUAGAUGAUUCGCCGCGGGUGUACAUGUCUACAAACCCGUGGAAGAUAACUGCGACGUUUCAGACCAUUGCCUCUACACGCGACGAAUAUAUGGCUAUUCUGGACAAGGUAAAAGAGUCCGCGCCUCCUGAAGGCAAGCCAGGGCAGAAGCGGUCAAAACUUGAGAACGCCCACCUCGCUUUGCUCAAGGCGCUACAGGAUAGAGUAGAAGUCAUUGACAACGAACUAGCGCGGAUCCAACGGGUCCAGCGAAAGAUACAGCAGAGAAAUUUGCUUAUCGCAUCAGCGGAGUUGCGAGAAACUCGCACUCGCCGGCGGACAACUCGUCCGGACUACGCUUACAUGAACAACCCGGAGAGCGACCAUGAAGACGACGAAUUCACUUAUCAACCUCAGGAAGAAGACGAUGAGUAUGAGGAUCAGGCAGAGUUUGAUGAAUUCGACGAGUCGACUUCUCGACGGGGCGCUGCGAGCACGCGGCGGUCCACCCGAACGAACGGUGCUCGGGCACAAGAUGACUGGAGUGAGUGGAGAGGAGAGCGCCGCUCAUCGCGCCUGGGUGGGCCAGCAGACAUGCAGCUUGACGAGCCCCCACCAAAGCGCGCCCGGACCGACGACAGCGCCGUAAGCGGGACCUCCGGCGACGCCCCACCGCCAACCAAUGGCAAGGCAGGGAACGGUUUGAGAAUCAAGAUUAACGGCGCGGCCGCAAUCAAGCCUACGGAGACAGCUGUAGAAGCUGUUGCGGGGAAGAAGAAGAGCAAGUUCUGGUACUACGCUGUCGAGCCUGUUCCAGGAGUUCCUGCUCCGGCUGUCGAACGACAGCUCGCAUCCGAUGGGGCACCGCAGUCCGCAGCCGACAAGGUAGAUGUGGACGAUGCUAUGUCAGACGAGCCUAGCGGCAACGGCACACGAUAUCCUUCGACGAGUCCAUCUGCUUCGGGGUCGAACGCUGAGGAGCUCUACGAGAAGAGCAUUGGCGGUAGUUUGUCACCAACAUCGAGCAUGGACGAGUCAUGAUGUCUCAGCCGCCGUCUGUAGGUUAUAUCUUGUUUACUACCCACUUAACCCCGCAUAUCCUUUCGACGCGCUAGUCAACGUUCUGCCGCCAUUGCAUUCUCACUGGUCCGGACGAUUUCAUCGUUUCACACAGCUCUUCCCGCCAUUCAUACAAGCAUCAGCGCGCUGCUCCUACUUAUUUGCCUCGUAAUUGCACGCUCGUAUAGACCCAUUAUU